GUUCAAUAGAAGAUCUCCAUGCUGUUCACCAAAAAAUUUCUCUUGUUUUAAAAAAUCAAAAUCAAGAAAUUCAAACUAUGGUUUCUCAAGAGAAAAUUCGAAUUCCUCAUACCCUAAAUAACUAA